AUGGAACCCAACGGCAACGGCGAUGACUCCUUGAAAGUCAACACCAACAUCAUCACGCUUACUCGUUUCCUUACUGAGGAGCAAGCAAAGCACAAGGAGGCUACCGGAGAUUUCACCCUACUCUUCCACGCCCUCCAGUUCUCUUUCAAGAGCAUUGCCUACUACAUCCGCCGUGCCACGCUGGUCAACCUCACUGGUCUGGCUGGUUCCUCAAAUACCACCGGCGACGAACAAAAGAAGCUCGACGUCAUCUCCAAUGACCUCUUCAUUGAGGCCAUGCGCUCCUCGGGCAAGUGCGCCCUGCUCGUCUCUGAGGAGGAGGAGGAGAUCAUCUUCUUCAACGACUCCACCGGAGCUCGCUACGCCGUCUCCUGCGACCCCAUUGACGGUUCUUCCAACCUCGAUGCUGGUGUCUCAGUAGGCACCAUCUUCGCCAUCCACAAGCUCCCCGACGGUUCCAAUGGCACCAAGGAGGAUAUCCUCAAGCCCGGUACCGAACUGCUCGCCGCCGGUUUCACCAUGUACGGUGCCUCGUCCCAGCUCGUCAUCACCAUGAAGGGCGGCACCGUCAACGGCUUCACCCUCGACACUGGCGUCGGCGAGUUCAUUCUCACCCACCCCGACAUGCGCCUCCCCAAGGCCCGCGCCAUCUACUCCGUCAACGAGGGUAACUCGCUGUACUGGGACGAGCGCACCAUCAACUACUUCAACUCCCUCAAGCAGUCCCAGGCCAACGGCAAGCCCUACAGCUCCCGUUACAUCGGUUCCAUGGUGGCUGACGCCUACCGAACUCUGCUCUACGGAGGUAUCUUCGCCUACCCCGCCGACAAGAAGAGCCCCAAGGGCAAGCUCCGAAUCCUGUAUGAAUGUGCCCCCAUGGCACUGGUCUUCGAAAAUGCUGGUGGCCAGGCCGUGGAUAACAAUAUGAAGAGAAUGCUGGAGAUUGCCCCAGAGCACAUCCAUGACCGUUCUGGUAUCUUCCUUGGUAGCUGGGACGAGAUUGAGAAGGUCAAGACAUUCUUCAAAUAA